CUUCACAAUUUUUUUAUUUAUAAUUAUUAUAUAUAGGUUACGCCUUCUUCCCUCUCUGUACUUUAAUGCACAAUUUUGACCGCUUGGGAAACGGUGAAGUAUAAAGAAAAAGUGGUGUGAAUUGCUGUUUAAAAAGGAGGUGAGAAGAAAAAAAGACAUACAAUCAGACAAGGUACGACCCAUCUCUCCAUUCCUCAUACAGUUUCUUUUUAGUACUGGUGUGUGUGUAAUAACAGAGUAUUUUUUAUGAUUUCUUUUCUCCUGCAAAUUGGUCCAGUUUUAAUGUAUAUUUAUUGGGGGUCUGUAAUAUUGCAAUUUACUAUGUUUAGAUUUUCGAUGGUACAACGGACGGUUUUUUUUUUUUAAGAAAAGAGGCAAACUGAUGCAAAUGUUUUUGCAUAUAAUGUUUAUUGAGAUUUGCGUCUGGUCAAGUCAAUUGUUGUUGUUUCCACUCACACACACAAGAGGCACACACCAACUACCCCCCACCUUCUCUCUCUUCUUCCCUCCCCACUAUAACUCUGUUGUUGUGGCGAGUCAAGUAGUAGAAGGGGUCUAAAUCACUGUUACUGGAAUUUCGAUAAAAACACUGAACUGAUCUUUGUCAUAUUUGGAGGGCAGAGAAAAUAAGAAAAAAGAAAAGGGGCAAAAAAAGGAGUAAUCUUGGCCAUAGAUUCCUCAUCUAUACUGUUAAACACUACUGGGGAAGAGGGGGGUUUUAGCCCUUUUCGGGAUAGUAUUAUUUUUUAUCUAUAUAUAGGGGUUUCGUUCUGAUCCGAUUUUCUCUCUUUUUGGUUGGGAUUUUUUGUUCUCUCAUCUUUGGUGUAGAGCAAAGAAGGAAAAGAGGGAUUACAGAGGAUUUUGGAGGGGAGUGGCGGCUGAGAUUUAUGUCUGGAGGAUUUCAAUUGGCUUCUGAGAAUACUGGGGCUUUGGUCAAGCUCUGCUGGAUUUCUUUCUUCUCUGCCGUUUCCCUGCUCUGUCUCUGCAAUCGAAAAUCCCUCUGCUCUGCAAAAAAGCAGGGCUUUUCCCUUCGUUUCCCAACUGCUUCGAUGCGUUUGAGGCCCAAAAGGACUUGUUCUGGAGUAGAGUGUUUUGGAGGAUUUCACAUAAAGCGGUUCUUAUACCUGUUCUUGUUCUUCAGAGGGCCUCAUACCUGACACCGCUUUUAUUUUUUGUUUCUUUUUAGUGCCUUUAAUAGGUUCCCAUUCGAGGAUCUCUGAUUUUUGGUUCAAUUUUGUUGCGAAAGAUCCAAUUUUUAGAGGUUUUUGGGAUCUUAUUUAAGGUUUUAGAACAGGGUAGUUGAAAAAAACUAGGUAUAAUGCCAGAGUCUCAGAGGCAGUUGACGGUGAACCAAGAUUUUCUGAAGAAAAGGCCCAAAACGGAGGCAGCCAGACCCAUGAGAAAGAUUCGGGUUUUCUGCAAUGACCCCGAUGCUACUGAUGAUUCAUCAGAUGAGGAGGAGAUGAGUGCAAAGAAGCCGAAGAGGUUUGUUAGAGAGAUAUUUGUACCAGUUCUGGACUUGAAAAAUGGACCUUUGGCAGUGGAAGUUGAAUCUUCAUGCCAAGAGAGCAAUAGUGAGGAGAAAACCCCCAGUCCCAUGUCUAAGAAGAAGAAGGGCUUAACUACACCUCUAAGUCAGUCUCAGGCAAAACCUUCUUCCCACAAAUUCAGAGGAGUUCGACAAAGGAAAUGGGGCAAAUGGGCUGCUGAGAUUCGUGACCCUUUCAAGGGGAAGAGGAUUUGGUUGGGCACUUACAAUUCCCCUGAGGAAGCCUCAAAAGCCUACGAGGACAAGCGAUUGGAAUUUGAGGCUAUGGGUUAUCAUUAUCCAUCUGAGAAGUGUUCUAAUGUCAUCAAUGCUGAGAAUCAUUCUAGCUCAAUGGUGGUUUCUCAGCCUCCCAAACAGAAUGAAACCCCUGCUUGUGUCUCUGAGGACUCUGCUGAAAGCUUGGUAUCACAUACAUCUCCCUCAUCAGUGCUUGAAUUGGAUUGUUUGACCUCAUCAGCCACUCCUGUUGCUGCAUCAACCAGUGUUAGUAAAGAUGAUGAUACGGUGAAAGAUGAUGUUGCCUCUGGUAGUGAUGCUGUUCCUCUGGGAAGCAUUCUUGGGGAUGAGAAGGUGCCUGAUCUAGACUUAAUACUGGAUGAGAACAACUUGUCAUUGGCUGAAAUUGCACAAGGUUUAGAACUGGAUUUUGAGCUGAACUCUUUUCUCAUGGGAGAGAACGAGUAUGGACAGGCUCUGGAAGAUUUUGUCAUUGAUGAUUUUGAAGAUAUACCAAUGUGUGGGUUUGAAGAUGAUCAACAGGGUGUUUCUCUUCCUGACUUUGACCUAGACUUCGAUUUUGGAGCUAUCAACAAUGAAGACUUGUCUUGGAUGAAUGAGGCACCAGCAGCUAUGCUUCCUGGAGCAUCACCUCUCAACAAUCAGCACAGUAUGCCCAUAAGUUUUGCAGCGUAAAAGUUUUGCAGUAAUAGGAAAUAAUCUAGUAGUAAUAUAAGUGUUCAAGUUAUAUUAUGUUCUGAAUCUCAUAUAGGUAAACGAGGAAGUCCCAUUCUCAAAGAAAUCGGAAUUAAAUUCACUUCGAAUUCUUUGGGAGAACUUUUUUUUGUCGGUUGAGUCAUAUUUAUUUGUUUGUUGAAGAGGAGAAGAACUAGAGGUUGUUGCGAGUGUCAUGGAAUAAGGGAGUCCUUUGGGUUUUUCUGUGCUGUUAGAGCCGUCCAAAGGGGUUUCAGUUUGAGUCUUUUCUCUGAAUAUGAAUAUGGAUGAUUAUGGACCUUUGAGUUUCUGCCAUUUACAUUGAUGAUAUUGUUGUUCCCGUUUAUUGUUAUAUGUUCUGGAUGGUUUUCAUCUGUUCGUUGUUUGGAGGGA